AUGUCUGCUUCUGCCGCGCUAGCACGCGAGCUGCGUUUGGCGAGCAGGAGCAUCGUGCAGACGCGCAGUCUGCCAUUCCAAGUCAAUGUGGUCCCCUCGCUUCGGACGCUGCGCGCGCUGGCCACUGGAAGCUCUUCGGGAAGCAAGGCCAAAACGCUGGCUGAAGCAGCGGCUGUCCCACCCGAGCGCAAUCGGAACUUCAGUAUCAUUGCGCACGUGGACCACGGCAAAAGCACGCUCUGCGACCGCCUCCUCCAAUCCUGCGGCGUGAUCCCGGCAAAUGCACCGGAUCAGUUCUUGGAUGGCCUCGAGGUGGAGCGCGAGCGGGGCAUCACAGUCAAGGCGCAAACCUGCUCCAUGCUGGUCCGGUCUGAGAAGGAUGGGCAGCAAUACUUGCUCAACCUGAUCGACACGCCUGGGCAUGUCGAUUUCUCAUACGAGGUGUCGCGCUCGCUCCAUGCAUGCCAGGGAGCCGUGCUGCUCUGCGACGCAGUGCAAGGCUCACAAUUAGGUCAGCCGGCCAACUCAGAGGAGCGCUUGACAUCGCAGCUGACAGGCUCCGGACUCAGUAUCGUGAUUUCUGAUGCGUUGCACUGGCCCUGGCACGCGUGCAACGUUUUUGUGGGUCGCGUGACAUCCGCAAUAGCCUUGCCCCGCUGUGUCGGCAACAAUGAUGUGCUUUCGACGUGUGUGGGAACCAUGUUAUCCCCGAUGGUGGCUCGAUCUGGCCAGCCUGCCAACCGGUUGCUGGGAGGCCUUCGUGAGACAAGGAUGCUCCUGGCAUCAUUCCGCAGGCCGAAGCCUUGCCUUUGCCGGCCUUUUCCUGCGCAAUGCUGCAGAACAGCUGCUGCAGUUGUGCUCGCCGUGGUGCCCCACACCUUCACUUUUGAUGCGCAUGCGGCAGAACUCUGGAAGUGGGUAUCACAUGUCGACUUGUCGACCAGUUUGACAACUGGCUUCGACUACGUGCCACCGUCCCUGGCUGCCUAG